AUGGAUUUAGGCAUGUAUGGGACUUACAAUAGCAAGCCCGAUUCUUUCUAUGGUUUUCAAAAUACUUUUCAUCUUUUAACAGCUGCAGAUGAUAAUGUUCGGAUAAUAGAACCGUCAGAAUUAACCAAUCACCAUAAUUACUCACAAUCAGCCAUUGUGCCAUACACAUCAUCUUCUGAUGGCUUUUUGAAUCCAGAAUCAGUUUCAACUUCCGAAUCUUUUUCUCAGAUAUACUAUCCGUCACCUUCGAGUGUUAUGCCUGAUGAAAGUACAAGCAUCAUAUCUUCUGAAAAUGGUCUCAGUUAUACAAAUCUUGAUUGUAUGAAUUACUCAAAUAGUCAACAUCAUCAACCAGAUAUGUUAAAUCACAGUGAUUCGUUUCAUCCAAUCUACAAUACAACAGAAAAUUUUAGUCCAAAGGACACCCAACAAAGUUCGUCUAAAGUUCAUCAACAAACUAUUACGAUUCAACUUCCUCUUAAUACUAAACCUGAUUAUGAAUCACUUUAUCACUCUCAAUCUAGUCAAUCUUAUAAUUUUGAUAGUGAAUAUCAAAUAAGCUCUUCAAAUAAUUCAAACUUUGAUUAUCACCUUUCGCAAGAGAAGACACUGCGGUUCAGCACUCAAGUUUCCACUGUGCUCAAGGAAAAUGAAUGUUCAGUGCAACUCGCAGGACAUGGCAAAGAUAAAAAUUCG